AUGAGUAUUUUGUUCUAAAGGAUUUUAAAUUUUAUUCUUGAAUCUUUGAUCUUUUCUUAUAAAUCUUUUUUAAGAUUAUUUCAUUUAAUUCAUUUACUUCUAAUUUAGACUAUAUCAAAAAGGUGUAAUUACUUUACAUUUUAUUCAAAUUUUGUUUCUUAUUUUUCAUCGUUAUCUGAGCUAUUAUCGAGAAGGUCUCCUUUUGAUGCUGUGACAUUAUAAUUUUAUCUAAGUGAUUUAUUUUUUUCAGUUUAAACAGACUAUGGUCUUAAACAGUUUUAAUUUAGAGACAUAUUCUAUUAUUAUUUUAUUAAUUAAGCUUACUAGAUAAAUAAUAAUAAAAAAUCAAACUAUGGGAAAGGAAGAGAGCGUUUAAAUAGCAGAGAAUUUGUUUAAAUAAAUAAAUCAAUAAAACUGAUUGAAGGUUAGAUUGAAGUGCUUGAUUUAUAAGCCAUAGCAUUUGAUAUUUUCUCAUUUAUCAGUGAACUUCUCAUAAAUCCUAUAAAUAGUAAAUUAAGAGAAUAAUUUUAUAAACAUAAUUAAAAUCACUUGAUAGAUUUCUUAGUUGUAGAAUAAGAAAGAGAAAUUAUGUAAUUAGAAUAAAAUUAAGCAAAUAAAGUUUUUGAAAGUCCUAUUAAGUUUUUAAAUUGAUUUUAGUUGGGUAAUAAAUCAUUAAUAUUUGAUAAGUGAGGGUGUUCUGAUGAUUUCUUUUGAACAGAUCCUUUCAUUUGCAUACAAUACUUCUAAUAUAUGCUUUACUGAUUAUAUUAAAUACAAGAUUCAUGAAAUUGAUUAUUUUUCUGUGGCAGAUUAUUUAGUAAAAUCUGUUUUCAAAGUAUAUUAUUAGAAUGAAUAGGUUUUUAACAAAAAAUAAGUUAGACGUAUAUGUUCUAUCAAGUUUUUAGAUAUGAAAUCAUUAAAUGUAAUAUUUUGA